AUGAGAAUCAUCCAAUCAGCAGCCAUGCCGUUCGGCUUCCAAGCCGUAGGCAAGUCACCCGACUUAGCCAUUCCAUUCAGUCGUCGCGGCAAGCAGUCGUCCAGUCGCGACACGGGCGUGGCGCGCCUCAUACUGCCGGCCGCGUGUCUCGCGCUCGUCGUCACGGCGUUCAUCUGGGCUUCGCCGCACAGUCGACGCGCCCUGCGCACCCACACAGGACAAGGCACGCCGCCCAUCCCCGCGCUUGCCUCGCCCUGCCCAUCUCCCUUCACUUGCGAGCCCCAUGUGAUCAUGCUCGCGACCUCGUCCAUUCCACGCCGCUCGUUCUUGCGCACAUCGUCAUCGCCUAACGUCUUCACCCUUCUGCUCUCUGGCCUUGCGCUAAUGCCGCUACCCAUCUCGCCCCGCGCCUUUGCCCAUCUCGCCGCCUUUGGCCAUCGCGCCGCCGUUCUCCUCCAAAUCGCUUCUGGACCCACCUGUUCACCGUGCACCGCUCGCUUCUCUCCUUCCGCCCCUCGCUUUCUUAUCCUCUCCUUUUUAAUUUGCCCGGAUGCCCUCCUCCUGUGUGCAGGAAGCGGCGCGGCUGAUUCGUCAUUAGUGGGCGUGGGCGAGCCCAUCGAGAUUCGCUACGAGAAUCGCGAAAUCAUGGAAUUGCCGGCGGCCGGCACGGACGCGGCGGUCGCCGCCUUUCAAUCGGAGCUGGAGGAGUCGGCGGCAAUGGCGGCGAGGGAAGAACAAGGGGCGGCGAGCGGGACCGGGGAAAGCGAGGGCGGCGGAAAUAGUUUUCUGGAGGCAGUGGAGGCGAUGAAGGGGGAAGAAGAGGGGGCAGAGGGCGGGGCGGGGCGGAGUGAGGGGGAAAGGGGCGGAGAACAAGAAGCAGAGGAGGUGAAGGCGGUGUUGGCGGAAGCGGUGGGGGAAGCGGAAAGCGGAGCCAGCAGCAGCGGAGCUGUGGGGGCUGGCGAGUCGAGCGCGUCUGAGCAGCGGGAUGGGUCGGCGGGUGGGUCGGCGGGCGGGGUGGAUGUCACGCUCCCGCCCGGCGCCAGCUCUUCCGCCUCCCCCUCCGCUCCAUCCUCGCCCUCCUCCCCCUCGUCUUCCCCCUCGCGCGCGGAUCUGGUGGAGCGAUUGCGCAACCUGACGGCGGUGCUGGAGAGCAUCCGUCCGCUGGCGGAGGAGCGGGGGAACGCGCAGCUGGUGAAGCACAUGCGCGCGGCGGUGGAGAAGAGCCGCGCAGUGACGACGCGGUGGGAGGAGAGCGGCGCGUGGGGCGGUGACGACAAGGUGACGGGGCUGGUGAAGCUGCUGGAGGCGGUGGCGGCGCGCGCCAAGGAGUGGCGCGGCAACGCGGCGACGAUCGAGAAGCUGCGCGGCGAGGUGGAGCGCAGCAAGGCCAAGGUGGCGGCGCUGACGGCGGAGCGCAACCAGCUCGACCUGGCGGCGGCCAAGGCGCUGCCCAAGUCGCUCCACUGCUUCAACCUCCGCCUCACCGUCGAGUACGGCAGCAACAAGGACCUGCGCGCAGCGUCGCGGCGGCGGGAGCGCAAGCAGCGCGCGCUGUUCACGGACCCCGUGCUGAUGCACUACGCGCUCUUCUCCGACAACGUGCUCGCCGUCGCCACCGUGCUGCGCUCGCUCGAAGCCAACUCCAACAACCCCGACCGGCACGUGGUGCACGUGGUGACGGACAGCAUGAACCUGCCGGCCAUGCAGGCGUGGUUCGCGCUGCACCCGCCCGCGCACGUGGCGGUGGAGAUCACGAGCGUGGAGUCGCUGGCGUUCCUCAACGCGUCCUACUGCCCCGUGCUGCGGCAGCUGCAGGCCAAGGCGCUCAAAAAGUUCUACUUCAGCCAACACGACGACUCGAACCAGAAGAGCAGCGGGGUGCUGCGGCCACAGGGGACCGCAGGCACAGAGGCAGAGGCGGCAGGGGCGGCGGCAGGGGCGGGGCAGAAGCAGCUAAAGUUCAAGAACCCCAAGUACCUCUCCAUCCUCAACCACCUCCGAUUUUACCUCCCCGAGAUGUACCCGGCGCUGGAGCGAGUGGUGUUUCUGGACGACGACGUGGUGGUGCAGCGCGACCUCAGCCCGCUCUUCUCCCUGCCGCUGCACGGGGCCGUCAACGGCGCCGUGUACACGUGCCGCCAGGGCAGUGCGUUCCACCGCCUGCACAAGUACCUCAACUUCUCACACCCCUUCAUCCGAGAUCACUUUGACCGCGACGGCUGUGGGUGGGCGUACGGCAUGAACGUGUUUGACCUCGCUCAGUGGCGCCGCAAGGGGCUCACAGACGUCUACCACAAGUACCAGUCCAUGAACGCGGAGAGGCAGCUGUGGCAGCUGGGCACGCUACCACCCGGGCUGAUGACGUUCUACAACCUCACGGCCCCGCUGGACCCACACUGGCACGUGCUGGGGCUGGGCUAUGACAAGGCCACGCCCACCGACCUCAUCCAGCAGGCUGCCGUGCUGCACUACAAUGGCAACGCGAAGCCGUGGCUGGACACGGCAAUCAAGGAGUUCAAGGGGCUGUGGAGCCGCUACGUGCUGGCCGAUGAUGACAUGACAUGUCGUCCCGCCUCCCUGAUCCCUUUUCCGGGCGGCCGACUAUUCGUCCCUCCCGUCCCUCCCGUACCUCCCUUCCCUCCCGUCCCUCCCGUCCCUCCCUUCCCUCCCUUCUCUCCCUUCCCUCCCGUCCCUCCCUUCUCUCCCUUCCCUCCCGUCCCUCCCUUCUCUCCCCUUCCCUCCCGUCCCUCCCUUCCCUCCCUUCCCUCCCGUCCCUCCCUUCCCUCCCUUCCCUCCCGUCCCUCCCGUCCCUCCCUUCCCUCCCGUCUCUCCCUUCCCUCCCUUCUCUCCCUUCCCUCCCUUCUCUCCCUUCCCUCCCUUCUCUCCCUUCCCUCCCGUCCCUCCCUUCUCUCCCUUCCCUCCCGUCCCUCCCUUCCCUCCCUUCUCUCCCUUCCCUCCCUUCCCUCCCGUCUCUCCCUUCCCUCCCGUCCCUCCCUUCUCUCCCUUCCCUCCCGUCCCUUCCUUCUCUCCCUUCCCUCCCGUCCCUCCCUUCUCUCCCUUCCCUCCCGCCCUCCCUCCCUUCCCUCCCUUCCCUCCCGUCCCUCCCUUCUCUCCCUUUCCUCCCUUCCAUCCCGUCCCUCCCUUCUCUCCCUUCCCUCCCGUCCCUCCCUUCCCUCCAAGAAUGUUCCUUGCACUCAUACCCCCUCCACUGACCUUCCUCGCAACUUGUCUCACCUUGUCCUUCCCCCACCGUGCAGUUUCUUGUCUGUGAAGUAA